CAAAACAAGAAGCCUCUGGUUGUUGAACAAUCCACUUGUGAAUACUGGAAACUUGCAAUACAGAGAAAUACAAAAAUACUUGACAGCCACUGCUAAGAAAAUGAAGACUGCCGUGCUUAUCGUAUGCAUCCUAGGUAUAGCCUAUGCAUAUCCAUUGAAACAGGACAACAGUAUUCCAGACAACUAUUCCCAUUCUUCACAUCAGGAUUCAUCCUCGAGUGAAAGCAACACUCAAUCUGUAUCAGAUUCAGACUCUUCUUCAGAGGAAGUCACCACUGUUCCCAAUGAGGUACCUAGCGAUCAACCAACACCAGACUAUUCUGACAACCAGCCUGUCACGGGUGGAAGAGGAGAUAGCUUGCUGAACCGGAGAAAGCGUGAUUUAACAGAAGAAGGAAAUGAUGCACAGAAUUCAUCUUCUAAUGAAAGCAACACUGAAUCUCUACCCGAUUCUUCAUCAGAGGAAGUUACUGCUUCCCCUAGUGAAGAACCUGAUGAUGACACAUUGUCCCUCAGGAAACGCGACCUAGCCGCAAAUGAAAAUGUUGGACAGGAUUCAUCCUCAAGUGAAAGCAACACUCAAUCUGUACCCGAUUCAGACUCACAUUCUUCAUCAGAGGAAGUUACUGUUUCCCCCAGUGAACAACCUGAUGAGGACAACCUGUCCCGCCGGAAACGUGACUUAGCAGCAAAUGAAAAUGUUGGCCAGGACUCCUCCUCAACUGAAAGCAACACUCAAUCCGUACCAGACUCUGAUUCUUCAUCAGAAGAGGUUACUGCUGCCCCUAGUGAGCAACCCAAUAAUAAGAACCUCCCAAGAGCAGAUAUUCUGACCCUCCGAAAACGUGAUUUAUCAGCCAAAGAAAAUGACGAACAGAAAUCAUUUGGCAGUAUGUCUGAAGAACAAAGUACAACCACUGAAAGUACAAGCACUCAGACUCACUCAUCGGAAAGCUCAGAGGAAGAGAGCAACACCAAGCAGACUCCUCCACAAGCUGGUCAACAGGCCACAGAAACUCCAGACACAUCUGACGAAAGCUCUGAGGAGGCAACACAAAAACCACCCACUGUUUAG